AUGUCUCGUCGUCUCCUCCUCAUCAACGGCCCAAACCUCAAUCUCCUCGGCACACGCGAGCCACACAUCUACGGCUCAACGACCCUCGCGGACGUAGAGUCCUCCGCCUCAGCACAAGCAGAGUCCCUAUCCUCCAGCCUAGAAUCCUUCCAAGCCAACAGCGAAGGCGCCAUCGUCGACCGGAUCCACGAGGCGCGAGGCAAAGUCGAUGCGAUCAUCAUCAACGCGGGCGCGUACACACAUACCAGCGUGGCUAUAAGGGACGCGCUGGUGGGAGUUGACAUCCCGUUUGUGGAGGUGCACAUCACGAAUGUCCAUGCGAGAGAGGCUUUUAGACAUCAUAGUUAUCUGUGUGAUAAGGCCGAGGCGGUGAUUUGUGGGUUGGGGGUUUUUGGGUAUAGUGCUGCGAUUGAGUAUGCUGUUAAGCACUUGAAGUUGAGGACGAAGCUGUGA